GUCAAGCUUUCCUCAGUCUGGCGAAUUUUCAGAAGUCCGCAGUCCGCUAACGAUCAUACACCAGUUAACAUCUAUCUACCAUUGAAUAAAGUGGAUUUAUUUUUAACUUGAAUUAGUUAAUUUGUGUUGCGAGUAAAUCAAGGAAAUUAAUCAUGGCUGAUGAUUGGGCGCAUAAAACAUAUUGGCGAUCAUCUAGCUUCAAUAUGCUUACGAUAUCUGUAGCUUUACUUACGUUCAUUGUGAUUGUCAAUCUUAAUAAAGUGGCUGCAGCAUCGACUAAAGGACAAUCAUCUGCAGCAAACGAUUUCUUAGCCUUGGAGAAUUCUCUUAUCAACCAGUCCCAACAGAUCCUAUCGACCAACAAUGCCAAGGAUCCAAUUGAAAAGUUGAGACUUCUUUGUUUUAGCCGCGGUGCAACUGGAAUCAUCGGAUUAGGAAGGACUUUCAGGAACAUGGACGAUGAUGGAAGCAAAGCCCUCAAUUUGGAGGAGUUUAUCAGAGGCAUUCACGAGACCGGUCUGGAUGUUACUGAUGCUGAGAUAAAGCAAAUGUUCUCAAAGUUCGACACAGACGGUAGUGGAUCCAUCAACAUGACCGAAUUCUUGGUAAAACUGAGGCCAGCCAUGUCACAAAGCCGUUUGGACGUUAUUGACAAGGCGUUUGCUAAGAUGGAUAAGACCGGUGAUGGUGUGAUCACAGUUGCUGACUUGAAGAAUGUCUACUCGGUGAAGGAACAUCCAAAAUACCAAAGCGGUGAGAUGACAGAAGAUCAGAUUUUAAACAAAUUCCUUGAGAAUUUCGAGGGACCACAAGGCAACAAGGAUGGAACUGUUACCAAGGAGGAGUAUGUGAACUAUUAUUCGACAAUUAGUGCCUCAAUUGACAAUGAUGAAUAUUUUGAUCUUAUGAUGCGUCAAGCAUACAAAUUAUAAGUUUUGUUUAAAUAAGAGAAAUGUUUUAUCGUAUUAUUUUCUUGUAUCUAAAUGUAGGCUAAACAUUUUGAAAUUUAUAAAUAUUUUGUAAGUGAAGUUGUACUUUUCGAUUCCAAUAUUUUUCCAUUCACAAUAAAGAUUUCCAUUUCAAA